GGAUUGUCUGUCGCGGUCACUGUCGCGGUCACUUCCUGAUGCUCCUCGCCGAGCCUGCAGCUGUCAAUAGGAAGAAGCAGGUUAAUUCAGAAAAGUUAGAGAGCGCCUUUCCACUAAUAGACGGGCUGCAUCUGUCACGAGUUUGCCUGAAAUGGCGGGAGAGCGCGAGCCCGUGUUUAGUGUCAUCCCUGAGGAUGAGGGGAAGGAAAAGUUCAAAAAAAGUGAGAAUGUUGCUUUUUACAGGCGACAGACCCAGGGUCCGAACCUGAAACAUCGACUUCUACUGGAUACCCUUGUGCUCACCGAGAAAGGCGUGAACUUUGACCUUGUGGAAGAUAACACAGAGACCAGACUUGUUCUGUCUUUGUCACCUUGCAAAAAUGACGUCGUAAGGAUCGUAAUAGACGAGGCCCAGCCCAUUAAGGCGCGCUACCGAGUUCCAGAUGUGCUCACUGGGGAACCUCAGAGUGAACAGUUGAGAGUGGAUAGCCAGACUAAGGACUCCGUCACCCUUUCCUGGUCUUCAGGACAUUACCAGGUCCGCGCGUGGCACUUCCCCUUCCGACUAGAGGUUCUGUGUGAUCAGGAAGUGAUGGUUACCUUCAACUCUAAGGACAAACUGUGGUUUGAAAUCUUGCAGAAUCCGCCCAGUGAGCUUCAAGAGGACAAAACAUGUUCCAUGUGGAAGGAAAUGUUUAGGAAGUUUGUGGACAUCAAAGCAAAUGGUCCCAGCAGCCUCGGCGCAGACCUCUGCCUUCACGGAUUUCAGCACGUCUACGGUCUGCCAGAACACCCCGACAGGCUGCGGCUCAGAGACACUAGUGACGGCGAACCUUAUCGGUUAUACAACUUGGACGUCUUUGCCGCCGACCUGUACUGCCGGCUCGGCUUGUACGGAUCCGUGCCCCUGCUAGUGGCUCACAAACCAGACAGGACCGUCGGUGUGUUUUGGCUGAAUGCGUCAGACACUUUUGUGAACGUACAGUACUCCCCUACUGACCAUCAGGGUGAUCAGACCCCACCGGUGAAAAGGAGGCGGCUGCGGCCUCAGACUGACGUCCGCUGGCUCUCGGAGAGCGGCGUGAUAGACUGCAUGAUUCUGCUCGGGCCCAGACCCCAACAGCUCUUCAAACAGUACGCUCAGCUUACAGGUGCGUACGGGGAGGUCCGUUUUUUUGGAACAUUGUGUAUUGAUAAACAAAGCCUACCAAAAAAAUAUUUUUUUCCCCCCCAAUUUUCACAUUUAGGAUAUCAAGCCUUGCCUCCGCUGUUUUCCCUCGGGUACCACCAGUGCCGCUGGAACUACAACGACGAGGCUGAUGUGAAGGCUGUGGAUGCUGGAUUCGAUCGCCACAAGAUCCCUUAUGAUGUCAUCUGGCUGGAUAUCGAGCACACGGACGGGAAACGUUACUUCACCUGGGACCCCGCUCUUUUUCCCAAACCUGCGUGUUUGCAGCACCAUUUGGAGAAAAAGAAGCGGAAGAUGGUCGUGAUAAGUGAUCCACAUAUUAAGGUUGACCCUGAUUGGUCGCUCUACCGUGAAGCCACAGAUGGGGGACAUUUUGUGAAGGACAGAGAGGGACAGAUCUAUCGGGGCACCUGCUGGCCAGGCGAGUCCUCGUAUCUUGACUUCAGCCGUCCUGCGACCAGAGCGUGGUACUCCAGGUGCUUCAGCUUAGAUAAAUACAAAGGGUCGACGGCGUCGCUGUUUGUGUGGAACGACAUGAACGAGCCGUCUGUUUUCAACGGGCCGGAGCAGACGAUGCCAAAGGACGCGGUGCACCAUGGAGGCUGGGAGCAUCGGGAUUUACAUAACCUGUACGGCUUUUACCAGCACAUGGCCACAGUGGACGGCCUUAUGACCCGCUCAGGAGGCUCAGAGAGGCCGUUCGUUCUUUCACGCUCCUACUUCGCGGGGUCACAGAGGUUAGGAGCAGUGUGGACAGGUGACAACAUAGCCAGCUGGGAGUAUCUGAAGAUUUCAAUUCCAAUGGUUUUGUCUCUGAGCUUGGCAGGCAUUGCAUUCUGUGGAGCUGAUGUUGGUGGGUUUGUUAAGGAUCCAGACCCAGAGUUGUUGGUGCGCUGGUACCAGGCCGCUGCCCUGCAACCAUUCUUCCGAGGCCACUCUGCAAAAGACACAAAGCGGCGUGAGCCGUGGCUUUUUGGGGAAGAGGUCACCGCUGCGAUCCGCACUGCCAUCCAAGAACGGUACUGUUUGUUGCCGUACUGGUACACUCUCUUCCACUAUGCCCACACCUCUGGCAUGCCUCCAGUCAGACCUCUGUGGGUGGAGUUCCCUAAAGAUGAGGGCACCUUCACUGAGGAUAAUCAUUACAUGAUUGGGGGAGCUUUGUUCGCCUGUCCUGUGACGGAACCAGGUGCUCAGGCAAUCAACGUCUCACUACCUGGAUCUGCUGAGAUUUGGUAUGAUAUCUGCUCUGCAAAGGCGUACAGAGGAGGCAAGAGCUUGAGUCUUCCAGUCAACCUGGACACUGUUCCAGUGUUUCAGCGUGGCGGCUCGGUGGUCUGUAGAUCAGUGGGAAGCGGCACAUGUACAGCCGACUACCAGAAGCUACCUCUGAGUGUCACUGUGGCCCUAAACUCCCAGGGCUGCGCCGACGGGGAAUUGUACCUCGAUGACGGCCACUCCUUCAGAUACCGUGACAGAAAGGCCUUCUGCCUGCGAAGGUUCAGCAUGCUGUCGGGCCGUCUGCUCUGCCGUCCAGCCAGCGAAGAAGGAGGAUUUGACUGCGAGACUGUCGUACAGUCGGUUAACAUCCUGGGAGUGAAGAACAAGCCGUCCACAGUGACUGUCCACGUGUCAGGCGCUGAAGCCAUUUCUGCUCCCUUUGAGGUCCUGGAGGCCAGAUGCAUGCUGACACUGAACAACCUGAACCUCAGAGUGGGGAUGGACUGGGAGAUACGGAUCAAUUAAUCAUGGCUAAAUGCCUGACUGGUUUUCCUCUGGCCUUGAUUUCUUUUUCCUGUAACAAGAAUAUUUAACCUAAUUUGAUCAUUUGAAAGGCACAACAUUUGACUGCCAGCAUUUCUGAAAUUGAGUUACAGACAAAUAUCCACUAAGUGUGGCCUAUUUUACGUCAUUGUAAUUAUAUAAUUUUUCAUUUUAAUAUUAUGACCUUUAUAGUAAUUAUAGGAUCGGGUUUUUUUUCUCAGGUUGUUUCGUUUUAAGAUGAGCAGCUAAAUCGACAGUCUGCUACAAAAGCAUUCAUGUUUCUUGAAAUAGUCACGUUCGCACAUUACAUUAAUAUGUGAAGCUUGAAUUACAUUUUUUGGGGUUCUGUGAUAGAAUAAGUACUACAGAAUCAGUGUUUACUUUAAAUAUGUUGAUGGAGAAGUACAGAGGAGGUCAGAGGGAGCUGCAUCGUGUUUUUGUAGAUCUAGAGCAAACAUGUGAGCCAGUGGCGAGGUGUGCUGUAGGUGUACACACAGUGUAAAAACAACUGAGCACACUGAACUCACCAGUCACGUGGUGAAACAUGGUAGUGGCAGCAUCCACUGUAGGGAUGCAGUGACAGGGAAGAUGUAGGGAGCGAAUUACAGAGCAGUCCUGGACCAAAACAGGUUUGACAAUGGCCCUUAAUGUGCUGCCAGAGCUACGAUGGAAUAGUUUUAGAUCAAAGCGUAUCAAUGUUAUCAUGGCCCAGUCAAAGGCCAGACAUAAAUCUAAUCUAGCCAUAGUAAUGGCUCUUCAGAUGUUCUCUCUCCCAACUGACUGAACUAGAGCUAAUUUCCAAAGAAGACUAAGCAAAGAUUUUCUGUCUCCAGACCCAAACCCCAAAAUACUUUAUAGCUGUGAUCUUUGCAAAAACUGGCUCCACCAUGAAUGGGCACGGGGCUGGGGGGUAAUGGAUGGACUGGAAAAGCAAGCCCCACUUUUAUUUUAUUAGUGAAACAUACAAAAACCUUGUAUCUUCUUUACACGUCACAGCUGUGUACCGUGUUGUGGUGUUCUAUCUCACAAGGCCGCAAUAAAACAUAUAGAAACGUGUGUUUUUUAAUAUGACAAAAUGGCAAUCAGUUCAACGGGAAUUAAGACUUAUGCAAGGUGCUUCACACCCACAAUGACAAACGUUGAGAAAAUGGCAGAUUGUAAACUUUAAGCACCAUUUGUACUGAUGCUGAUAAAUGACUCCUACAUUUCAGAGUACAACAAAUCUUUAACAAGUCACAGACUUCCUUCUUUGUCCGGAUGCAAAAUAAAGCAAUAAUAUUCUGGUUAA